UCGAUGACUUGCCGCAUGGCACUGAUGCGUCAAUCCUUCAACGUGGUCAACUCGCUGGAGCCAAUGCUAGUACAUUACUUUUCCAAACUGUUUCUGGACUACUUUAGCGGGAGCUCGAGCAGCAGCCGGUGCCAUGUGCUGCGUAUUGCCCGCUUCAUUAGCGUACAGAGUGGCAUCGGUAGGGCCGUUAGCGUCUGCCUGCUGUGGCACUUAAUUUUUAGCUAUGCCGAAACACCCAUUGGCAUUCAUCAGUACCGCGAGCUGGGUGAGCUUCGAAUUUUGAGUAAUGUACCCAUCGCGGAGUUGAGCAACACUAGCUUCAGGUGUAUAAUCCGUGCGGUGGGCACUCUGUUGCAUUUGCAGUUGUGCUGCCCGGACCUAAAUGAGUUCCUGUAUCACGGCUACCCGAGGAUCUUCUUUCGCAUUCUGCCCCAGGAUGUGAAAAUGCUGCGCUCUUGGCUGCUAAACGCUGUCGCCACCACUGACUGCCAUCAUCUUCGCACCGAUGCCUCAAAGCUGCAGGCCAUGCUGGAUUACCUCAAUGUCCCUGUCCUAUCCCGUCAAUGGUGCCUUGUGUGCCGCGACGCAUCGGGUGAUGUUAUCGGCCCUCCCCGCACCGGCGACGAGUGUGUGCUCUCCCAGAUGCGCAGUUGACUCAAAUGACGCAUGUGACGUGCUGCCACGACGUGCAGGCAGUAGAAAGCAGGCAGUAAUCAGUAGGCCGUGUGGCACCACAUUUCGACACACCA